AUGCAAGCCUCGCUCCGAAUCGCUCUCGACCCUCGCAAGCUCGUCUAUAUCCUCUGCGCUGCUGUUGCUCUCUCGCAAGCCUUUGGCAAUCCACUUUCGCUGAUAUCAAUUCACUCGCUACAUCGAAGAACGAAGAUGAGAUUCACUCAGGUCCUCGCCCCCGUUGCUGGGCUCUUUUCCCUGGCCAGCGCUGCUGCCUAUGGCUCGGAUGGCAUCGCCUACACGACUGUUGUCUCGACCGCCUACGAGACGUACUGCCCGCUGCCCACCACCUUUGGCUACAAGAACGUCACUUACACCGUCACUGAGCCCAAGACGGUCACCAUCUCCAACUGCCCCUGCACCAUCAUCGAGUCGCACCCUGCCCCCGUCACCAGCACCAAAGUCUGGUACCCUACGGUCUCUCACCCUGCUGGUAACCACACCAUCUACCCUCCCCCCAAGACGACGACCUCGAUCUACACGAUUGUGCCUCCUCCUCAGACGCACAUCAGCGGCGUCACCCCCGUCACCAGCAAGCCUCUCGUCACUCCCGUCAUCAGCCAACCCACCAACGUUCCCGUACCGCCCACCAACGUUCCCGUGCCGCCCACCAACGUUCCCGUGCCGCCCACCGUCGUUCCCGUGCCGCCCACCACCACGGGACCUGCUCAGGUCCCUGAGGCCGCUGCCGGCAAGAUGGGCGUCAGCUUCGGCGGUGCUGUUGUCGCUGGUGUUGUUGCGUUCUUCCUGUAA